GGACGUGUUUCGGAUUAGAGCUCUCGCGGUAAUGUUUCUGACUGGCAUUAAAUUUGGAUAUUGUCUCUGACUCUGAAGGAGAUAGCGCCUGGUGUGUGUGUGGCCCAAGUGGUCAGUGUCAGUGGAAAUUAAUACCGGCGAGGAUUGUCCCUGGUAAUACUACCGGAUCAGCUUGCAUUUCUGGGAUUCGAGUUUGGAGCGUUUUGUCUAGGCGGAUUUUGGUACUGAGUACGAGAGCCGUUGGCUUUGUGACUAGUGGUGAUAGUUGGAAUGUUUCACUUUUUUUGUCGUUGAAGAAAUUCAACCGUGCUAACAAAGCGACACAGUGCAGUGAAUUACGUUGGGUAGGAAAAGGGCGAAAAAAAGAGACCAGUGCAUGAAAGUUUUACUCAAAUAUGAAGUAUUAAUCCCAGUCGGCGAUGAUUUUUGGCCCUGAAUGGCAGGAAGCUGCGUUGGAAUUUUUGCUCUAAUUGAAAAGUUCGGUGAAGCACGGAUUCGGAAGAGCUGUUCGUGUGUAUUCUUGUGUCGGCGAGGGAAAAUUUAAAUUAAAAAAGGAUUAAAACAGUGCACUGGUGCGGAAAAUUUGGUGUGCAUACAUAAACCGAUUCUGGUAGCGGUGAUGCGGAACCAAAGCGGAGGCAAAGUGUUAAUCCAUUUAAACUGCUGAUAAAGAUGGCGAAAAUUGUGCCAAAUUAUUUCCCAUCCGGCCGAGUGACACUGGCUCUGACUUAUCCGAGCAGGAACUGCUGCUGCUGAAGACUACAACGGAGCCGAAAUUGCGCGCAGCGCAAAACCAUCGCCGGCACUCGUCUGUACACACACCCACACCCACGGACACACAAGGAGGAUAAAAUUCAAUGAAGCUGUAAUCACAUCUUGAAGCGGUAGAAAAAAAGGAAAAAUCCGACCGCCCGUGAGUGGAAGUUAAGCGAGCGGGAAAAUUGCGAUAACACAGUUUGGCACAGUCGGGGCAUUUUCUACGUGGGUUUUUUUCUCGCAUUCGCUGUUCGAGCACCCAGCGUCAGCGAGUGGAAGUAUGUUGGAAAGUACAUACCGAAAAUACGAUUAAUUUUACGGAUGGUAACAGACUCGGGGAAAAAACUUUUCCGCUCACCGAUCCGGUGCGCUGUUCUUGCUUGCCAUUGCGAAUUGAUGAGGUCCUCCGGUGGGCAAGGAGAGAAGUGAACGAUACAGCUGGAGAAAUUGCACAGAAAAUCGCUGUUCUAAAAUAGUGAAAAAUAAUUUAUUGGCGAACGAGUGAAUAACAGCAGCAGCAGCGCGGCGGCAGCAGUGGUAAUUCGAAACAAUUUUUACAAAACAGGAAUCCUGUCCGGAAAACGGGUUGAGAAAGAAGAAAAAAAAAUAGGAAAACAACAGAAGAAAUAAUAAUAACAAUAAAGAAGUUAGCCUGCGGUAAGUCUGUGUGAGUGUUUGUUUGAAUUGUGAAGUGAGCCCCGUGUGAUUCAUAGCUACUACCAGCAGGAAGAAGCGCUUUCCCAAGAGAGCAACAGUAAACAGUGCAAACGGCAAGGAAUUGUCGUGUGAUUUUGGCCCCCAGCCAACCAGCUAGUGAAAAGAAGCUGCCUGCCCGGUGUUUGUCUAGCGUACGUGUGCGGUCUGCAUCAGUAGAAGUAGAUGGGUGGUGGUUAGUGGGGUAUCACAGUACCGAAGCACAGUAACCACACAAUAGUUCAAAAUAACAUUACCUACAUACCACGGAGCAAACCGACAGAACUGAAGUUAGCAGUUGAAUAUCUUGGCUGCUGGAAUUUGUGGAUGCUGAUUGGGGCAGCAUCAGCAGCGUACGGAGACUCCAAAUAAUUCUGAGCCCCUCCCCGACCCAGUCGGAACGGAACGGAACCAACGGCACACGAAAGGUGGAAAAUAAUGGCCGGAUAUGUGUGUCAUAUUUUACUAUUUUUUCUCUUCGCCCAGGAAACGGCUUACGGCACAUCGUUCGGCAACUCUCUGUCCGAUUCGCUGUCCGAUCCAGACUUUAUCGACAGCCCACCGAUGAUUCAGCCCAAGUUCACCUCCCGCUCGCAGUCGCUACGAGCGGUCAUAGGCGAUACCAUCACGCUGCCGUGCGACGUGGAAAAUCUGGGUAACAACAUCCUGCUGUGGCGCCGAGGCAGUGCCGUCGUGACGGCAGCCAACCUAAUCAUCACCCGAGAUUUGCGCUUCAAACUGCUGAAAGGCUACACGCUGCAAAUCAAGAACGUCCGACCGCAGGAUGCCGGUGACUACAGCUGCCAGGUCGGAGACCACGAUAACCGGGAUCUGGUGCAUACGGUGGAAAUUCUAGUUCCACCGUCCGUACGGUCCAAUCCGGAAACGGGACACGUGACGGUUCGGAAGGGUGGCACGGCGACGCUGGAGUGCAAGGCCAGCGGGAAUCCGGUACCCAGCAUCAGCUGGUCCAGAAAGGAUUCAUUGCACGGCUCGCCCCAUCUGGCGGAGGGACCGACGCUGAUGCUGGAGAAUGUCAACCGACAGGACAGUGGGACCUACCGUUGCUAUGCGGACAAUGGCAUCCGGGAGCCCGUGUUUGUCGACAUGCAACUCAUCGUGCUGUCACCCCCGGAGAUCACGGUUGAGAAGACUUGGGUUCACGCCGGAGAAGGCUACGAGACACAGCUGGUUUGCACCGUUCACGGAGAUUCAACACCGGAGCUCUCGCACUUGCAUCACUUGCAGAUGAUGUGGUACCAGGACUCAUUCCUACUGCACCCGAACGACCGCCGAACGAUGGACACCCGCGGGGACAAGCACUACCUAACGAUACGAAAUGUGCGCCCAUCUGAUUUUGGCAAUUACAGCUGCGUGGCGGAAAAUUCGCUCGGACGUGCCAAAAAGUACAUCGAAGUCUCGGGCCGGCCAGGUCCGGCCCAGUUCCACUCACCGAUGUACAGCCGCUAUCGGGAGAUUUACAACCUAACCUGGAGCGUGGAAUCGUUUCCAUCGAUCGAGGAAAUUCGAUUGCUGUACCGGAAGUUGAUGAUGAACGAGUCUUAUCAGCAUCCGGGCAGAUGGCACGACGUCAUCCUGAACCCACCGUCAACCCGGGCCGAGUCCUAUCGGCACAUCAUGACGUACACCAUCCGGGGUCUGGAUCCGAACUCGGUGUACGAGACGAUCGUGCAGGCGAAAAAUCGAUACGGAUGGAAUGAGGUCAGCGAUAUUUUCCAGUUCUACACGCUCAGCACCGACAUGCCGGAGGAGGAUGUCGAACAGACACUGGGCUCGACCGCCUUCGGUAAUCCCUUCAGCUGGGCCAGCAGCGUUCAGCCUAGCUUGAACCUAAAUUGGAUUCUACUGCUUGCGGCGGUACUCUCGAUGAAAGUGUUCGGUUGUUUGUAAAUCGUUUCUGGUGCCGGUCGGUUGGCUUUUGGUUACCGUUUAUAUAGUCCUAGUUAUAGUUUACUCAUUUCGAACCUCGCUGGCGGUUUGAUUGCGCACCGCUAAGCUGAAGCUUAGUGCAACAACCCAUAUACCACACACACAUCCAAGCUUAUUUUUUCGUUUCCAUAGUGAUCUUAGUCGUGUAAGAAUGGUUAAAAUAAAAACAUGAGAAAUCACAGAUUAGUGUAAAGAUAUAACUGAAGACUUGAUUCGAGAAAAAAAAACAACAACAAAAAAAAUAAAGAAAAUCAUAAAACAAUGUGUGAAUCAAAAUAUUAGACGGUGUAUUUUCUUUUGUAUAUUAAACAAACACGAACUUUCCUAGGCUGAACAUUACAAAACUAUUUUAAAAGAUAUUCAUCUAGCGUAGUAUGGUAGAAUGUAGAAUCGAAAAUCUAUUGCUGACAAAAUGCAACUAACAAAUAAGUGUAAUUUACUAUUAAGUGAAUGUAUUGUAGAGCGUAAUGGUAAAUCUGAAAAUUAAUUAAUUGAUCCGUUGUGAAUACUGAACAUAAACAAUCCAAAGACAGAAGAUGAUUUUUUUUAAUAAACAUAUUUUUAAUA